AUGCCCCCGUGCACAGACAGCAGUGCAGGAGAGCAGCAAAGCCACAAUUUCUGCUCGCCCCAGAAUAUUCACGCAUCUCUCAACCCCAACAUCUCCUUUCAAAUCCUCACUAAUAUCUACUUACCAAUCGUGUAUUUCCAUAUUCAGAUCGCGGCCAUUGCCCGUGCAGCAAUGUCACCAAAGCUUCGCAGUCUUGCCAUUGCUUGUCCGCUUCCACCUCGCUCCUCACUCCCUUGGCAGUUCUCAAACAAGCCACGCCAAUGUGCCAAGCUGCCACUAUCCAAGUUUCAAUCAUUUGCUUCCCGCGCCGUGACAUCAGGCCUCAGCUUCCCCAGACUUGGGAGCCAGGGGCAAAAGUCAUUCUCACCGCUGCGGAGGGUCGCAGUCACUUGUUGUUGGCUUUGGCUUCGACUGCACCUCUGCGCCGGAGCCGUUCAACAGAAAGAAUCUACCCUGACCACGUUCCAUGUUGAAAUGCGAAACAUGAUUGCGUAUUUUCAGCUGCACACGGCGACUCUGGAAACGAUGGUGUGGCGAGUUCAUGAGGCUGGAACUGUGGCAGUGCCGGCGCUAAUACCCGAGGAAGGUCGGAACGAACUACCUCCCGCAUUGUUGACUUCACUUAUCAACCUCAAUUCUAUGAUCUAUAGACUUGCGAAAUCGCUUUGGCUAUAUUCAGCCCAGACUUGCUAA